AGUUUGUGCUACUUUAACCCUUGAAUAUUUGCUUCCAACACUAAGAUUCCCAUCAAGAGAAAUGGCUUCACAGGUUUCUCAAAUUCUUCCUUCACCCCAUGAUGUUAUUUCCUCCAAUAUGGAAAAUCGUCCCAAGGCCGAUUUUCAUCCUGGCAUUUGGGGAGAUGUGUUCCUCAAUUGUCCUGAGAAGGAUAUUGAUGCUACAACUGAACUACAACAUGAAGGAUUGAAAGAAGAAGUGAGGAGGAUGCUUGUGGCACCUAUGGAUUCAAACCAAAGGUUGCCCCUUAUCGAUGCAGUCCAAAGGUUGGGCGUGAGCUACCAUUUUGAAAAAGAGAUUGAAGAUGCCUUAGAAGCUAUAUACCAUGACAGCAAUGAUGUUGAGAAUGAUCUCUACACUACAGCUCUUCGAUUUCGAUUACUUAGAGAGCAUGGUUUUGAUGUCUCAUGUGAGGCAUUCAAAAAGUUCAAAGAUGAGGAAGGAAAUUUCAAGUCAUCCGUGACGAGUGAUGUGCGAGGAUUGUUGGAACUUUACGAAGCUUCCUAUAUGCGAGUGCAUGGGGAGGAUAUACUAGAUGAAGCAAUUUCUUUCGCCACCACUCACCUAACUCUUGCAGCACCAACUUUAGACUAUCCUUUGUCAGAACAGGUGGCUCAUGCCUUAAAGCAGUCAAUCCGAAGAGGCUUACCAAGGGUCGAGGCUAGGCGAUUCAUUUCCAUAUACCAAGAUGAUCAAUCGCAUAUUAAACCAUUGCUGGAGUUCGCAAAGAUAGACUUUAACUUGGUACAACUUUUGCACAGGAAAGAGCUCAGUGAAAUCUGUAGGUGGUGGAAAGAUUUGGACUUUACAAGAAAGCUACCAUUUGCAAGAGAUAGAGUGGUUGAAGGUUAUUUUUGGAUAAUGGGAGUGUACUUUGAGCUCCAAUACUCUCUUGGAAGAAAGAUGUUGACAAAAGUAAUAGCCAUGGCAUCGAUUGUAGAUGAUACAUAUGAUUCAUAUGGAACAUAUGAUGAGCUGAUUACAUAUACAGAUGCAAUUGAGAGGUGGGAUAUGAAAUGCAUGGAUCAACUUCCGGAAUACAUGAAAAUAAGCUAUAAGGCAUUGUUAGAUGUUUAUGAAGAAAUGGAACAACUAUUGGCAGAGCAAGGGAGACAAUACCGUGUUGAAUAUGCAAAAAAGGCGAUGAUACGACUUGCUCAAGCUUACCUUCUAGAGGCCAAGUGGACGCAUCAAAACUACAAACCAACAUUCGAGGAGUUUAGGGCUAAUGCAUUGCCAACCUCUGGCUAUGCCAUGCUUGCUAUCACAGCUUUCGUCGGCAUGGGAGAUGUUAUAACCCCAGAGACCUUUAAUUGGGCAGCCAAUGACCCUAAGAUCAUCAAAGCAUCCACCAUAAUUUGCAGGUUCAUGGAUGACAUUGCUGAACACAAGUUCAACCAUAGGAGGGAAGACGAUUGCUCAGCCAUCGAGUGUUACAUGGAACAAUACGGUGUAUCAGCACAAGAGGCAUACGAUGAAUUCAACAAGCACAUCGAGAGUUCCUGGAAGGAUGUAAAUGAAGAGUUCGUGAAACCAACAGAAAUGCCAAUACCAGUUCUCAAUCGUAGUCUCAACCUUGCAAGGGUGAUGGAUGUGCUUUACAGAGAGGGAGAUGGUUACACGCAUGUUGGAAAAGCUGCAAAAAGUGGGAUCACAUCUUUGCUGAUUGAUCCAAUCCCACUUUGAAUCACCUCUUCGAGUAGCUGCAGGUUCCUUAAGGAACAAAAUUAAUAAAGGAAGAGUGAUCGUUGAUAGCUUUUUUUUUUUUUUUUAAUUAAGAAAUGCCAAAAGCAACAU